AUGCUGGCAGAGGGCAUGGACGAUUGUUUAUACUCCAACACCCAUGUUCUGGAUUCGAGAUGCAUCUUUCUCGCACCCAACACAGACUCCGCCGCUAGUGCCUACUGCCAUCUAAACCAACACCAGGCCUUGUUCAAUCCCUCCCAUCCUUUCGGUGGCUGCGACAGGAUUCUUGUCCAGGUGAUUCUUCCUCUGGUACUGUCCUUGAUGGCCCCCAACCAACCUGUGUCUAACAGACCUACCAGUGCUAUCCUUGUACAUCUCGCCGCUUCGGAGAUAGACUGUUGCAGCAAUAUCAUGGAGUCUUCGAGCCGUCUGCAGGACCAGCAAGACGUUUUUCUUUACACUGGCUAUGAAGUGCAGUUUGAAGAUCUAAUGAAAUAUAGACAAUUUGGAUUUCAUCCGAUUACCCUUGGCGAAGUGCUCCCCAAGUCAAACACCUGUGUUAGUCAUGUGGAUAAACAGCCAACUUAUCGCAUCAUGCUGAAGAUAGGCCAUGGAGCAUUUUGCACUGCGUGGCUGGCUCGUGACCUUGUCAAAAAACGUUAUGUUGCUAUCAAGGUCGGCCUGGGCUCAGAUACACCCAAUCCAAGCAGAGAAGCGGAGAUUUUGUCCCUGCUUUGUAAAACUGAGCGCGAAAAAUAUAAAUGUCAGAGGGUCAUUGAGCUCUUCGACGCGUUUGUCGUCCAAGGACCAAAUCGAUUCCACCAGUUUUUGGUUACCGAAGUCGUCGCGCCGCUAAGCGAUGGAGAUAACCUAAAACAGUGUUCAUUGGGAGCUAUACGCCAAGUUAUACAAGGCUUUGCCUAUCUUCACGAAGAAGGAGUAGUGCAUGGAGAUCCUCAUCUCGGCAACUUGGGAAUCGCCUUACCACAGCUGGAACAGUUUACUGAAGACGAAAUCACGGAUCACUAUGCGAGCCCUGAAUGUAUUCCUGUCGUUCCAUGUGAUCCAACAUUCCCGUUACACUCGCUGCCCCCUUAUAUCGUUGAAUCAGUAGGGAUGGCAAGUUUCUUACGAUUCCACAACGCCUUCCCUGCGAGCUCCGAAAUAUCGAUUAGGAUCUUAGACUUUGGGAGAGCCUACAUGCCGAGCAAGACAAUACCAGAAUUGUCGGGUGCACCUCCUUUGGAGAUUCGUCCCCCAGAAUAUAUGAUCCAAGACAUAUCUAGUGGCAAAAUAGGCUCUGCUUGGAGAAAAGAAGCGGAUAUCUGGGCUGUUGGGUGUACGUUGUUUCAUAUCGAGACGGGAGGUGGGCUCAUUCCAAGAUGGAGUUCCCUGAAAUACUGCCUUUCCUGGGCCAUUCAAUUUGGUGGACACGCCCCGGAAAGUUGGCCUGAACUUGAUAAUAAUCAGACUGAGCACCCUCGAAAUUGUUAG